CAAUUCCGGGAGAUAUAUUUGUUGCCUUAUUUGUAACCGGAUAUGACGUUUCUCCCGCCAUGAUGGAAAAGUGAAUGUGGAACUCCCUUCUGCAGCAGUUCAGGUGUCAUUGACCGUAAACAGCCAGUCUAUAUGACGGGAAGCAGCAACAUGUCCUAUGGAAAUGGGGCGUUAUGCCACAGGUGUCAUGAGGGGUUUGGAGCUAAUGAGGAAAUCGUCAACUCCAAUGGAGAAAUGUGGCACACACAGUGCUUUGUAAGCAGAAAAGCAAGACCAGCCCCAAGUUUUACAUGCUCUAAAUGUCAGGAGACCUUGUCUCCAUGGGAACAGAUGGUGAAUUUUAAUGGUCAGGUGUGGCAUACAACCUGUUUUGUCUGUGCCCAGUGCUUUCAACCUUUUCCUGAGGGGGUGUUUUAUGAGUUUGAAGGAAGAAAGUACUGUGAACAUGACUUUCACGUCCUGUUUGCACCAUGCUGCGGAAAGUGUCGAGAGUUUAUUGUGGGAAGAGUCAUCAAGGCUAUGAAUAACAGCUGGCACCCCGAUUGUUUCCGCUGCGAGAUUUGUGAGGCUCCAUUGGCAGAUGAGGGCUUUGUCAAGAAUGCUGGAAGAGCCCUAUGUCGGGAAUGCAAUGCCAAAGAGAAAGCCAAGGGUAUGGGCAAAUAUGUGUGCCACAAAUGUCAUGCCAUCAUUGAUUCUGGACACAUCAAGUUCAGGGGAGAGGCCUACCACCCUUACCACUUUAACUGCAGCUCUUGUGGUUCGGAGCUGAAUGCAGAUGCUAGGGAGAAGUCAGGAGAACUUUAUUGUCUACGCUGCCAUGAUAAAAUGGGAAUCCCCAUCUGUGGGGCGUGCAGGCGUCCUAUUGAAGAGAGAGUUGUACAUGCCUUAGGGAAAGCUUGGCAUGUAGAGCAUUUCGUAUGUGCUAAAUGUGAGCGUCCAUUUUUUGGAACUCGUCACUAUGAAAAGAAGGGUCUGGCAUACUGUGAAACUCAUUACCAUCAGCUGUUUGGAAAUAUUUGCUUUGUUUGCAACAAUGUUGUCACUGGUGAUGUGUUUGGUGCCUUUAACAAGUCGUGGUGUGUAGGCCAUUUUGCAUGUUCUAUCUGCGACAGGAAAAUGAGUCACAAAACAAAGUUCUUUGAAUUUGAUCUGAAGCCUGUGUGUCGUGUAUGUCAUGAAAAAUUUCCUGGGGAACUUAAGAAGCGACUCAAGAAAUACCAUGAGGAAGUCUCCAAGAAACAGAUAAUGUCCAAUAGCUAGAUAUUUAUUUAAUUAAUUGACUGUGGAAUGAAAGUCAGCAUUACCGGAGAAGGAAUAGUACAACAGAUUAAAACUGAGAAGAGGAUGUAUAAACUGGAGAUGUUAAAGGAUAGAUGUGUAGUAAAGAAAAAAAAUAAGGAAACCAUAGUUUUUAUUUUCUUAAUUUUGAAUUUGACUUACUGUAAACCAACUGUUAUUUGUGACAUCUCUAUUAUUCACGAUUUGUCAGUUUGAAAUUCAUUCAUGAUUACUAAUUUUUUGAAACUGAGGAAACAUUUAGCAGAAACUCACAAGGAAAUAAUUUGUUCCUGGCGAGAAAAGAAGGUCUUGAAACUUAUGGAUAUCUCUUGCAAGCGAGUAAAAGUUGGUUUACAGUAUUUGAUAAAAAAUUCUGAGAGAAAUACUUUUUCUAGCGUAAAGGUUAACAAGAUUACUUGUGAUGUACAUGAAGUACUAUGUAGAACAAUACUGCUUUGUCUCCUUUUGAUUUCACAUUGAUGAUAAAUUUACUGAUUUGCUGGAAAGAACUUUUUUAAAAGAUGAAAUAUGUUUGACUGCUGUUUUUAUACUCAAUUUUGCUUUUUCAUUUAUAGCAAUAAUUUUUUAAAAUGACAAAUAUAUAGCUUAUUAGAAACUUAGAAAACCAUUGUAAUUGGAAACAGUGGACAGAAAAAAUGCCUUUAGGUCAGAAAUUAGUGUUUGUAAACAUUAGCACAUGUUUACUUUUAUAAAAGUUGCACCAUAUAAAUUCAGUAAAACAAACACCUACUGGCAGGAAAUUUGCAGUUAUACUUUGUUAAAAUUCUGUUUAAAAUUGUUUGACAUGUUGAUUAUAUUGUAUGUAUAGCCAUCCAUAAGGUGGACACUUUGUAAAUCGGUGAAAGUUUAAUGACCAAUCAGGGUUCCAACACUGAUUUCCUAUUACAUGGUGUUGCUGUUUUUUUGCAUGGUUUAGUGGCUUACAGGGUCUAGUAUGUGCAUUGUUAUGUUAAUGUAUACCACGAUUCAUUUUGGUGAUGUUUAUGUAUUUUUUUUUGUGGUAAGUUGUUCCUCUCUAUAAUAGAUUGUGGGGAUCUUGGAACAACAUAUUGUAACAGAAGUGCUUUUUGAGUUUUAAUGAUUGAAUUGUACUGGAGAAUGCUGCAAAGUCAUAAAGAUUGAAUAAGUGUUCAUAAUACAUAAUAUUACCACAAUUACAUAAUGUAUUAAAAUAUCUUCAUGAGAACAUCUCUGUGCUACUGAUAUUAUUUCUUGCACCCUUUUGAGAAUUAGUUAUCCUUGAUUUGAUUGAAAAAUCAUCACAUUACAGCAAGAAAUGUCAACAAAAUGACAGAAAAGAUGAGAGAAGCACAUGAAAAAGGAAAUGUAGCGAAUUAUAAAUCCAUCCAUAUAGCUGUUCAUGUAGUCAAGAUAGAGUUUGACUUCUGCUGUGACAAUCUUAGUGAUAAUUGAAUAUAAAUUUGAAGUAAUAGAAAUCUAUUUUCAUGUAAAGAAGUCUAAAACGGGGGUUUGAAGGUGUUUGUCUCUUAAUUAUGCACUUUACAAAGAUAAAUAUUUUUUUUUUUUCAAUAGAUUUAUUAAAUUGAUUCAGAGUGAUUAAAUUCAUUAAUAUGUGCUGCCAUGUUAGAAAGAUUUGUCAAUGCUUUUGCAAAAAGAACUCUAAAUUGCAUUUUGUAAUCAAUUAUUAGAGCUUAUUAGCAAGAGUAGACAACUCUGUCAUAUUUAUGUGUUCCAUAUCACUGAAAACUGCUGAUCUAUAAAACCUUUACAUGUAGUUUGCUUAAUAUCAGACAAUAUCAGUUUUGUAUAAAGAUAUUUCCUUAUGGGUACAGUUAGCCUUUUUACUUCUAGAUGUUAUUACUUUAAUAAUAGCUUCUAUGCAUGAUUAAUGUCUGUGAUUGUGUAAAUAGUGAUUUAUGAAAUAUAAUGUUUGUGUAUAUAUGUGUAUGAAUGUCUAUUUAUGAAAUAUACUUGAUAGACUUA